UUGAAGACAACAAAUCGAGAUUUAGCAGAAGAGGGAGACAGGUGUGGCCAAAUACACAUAAUAGUAAUUUAAUUCCUUUUGCAUUUGAAUUAUCAGUUCCUUUCAUAGUACUAGAUAAUCUGAAUACACAAGAAUACGCCUGGAAUAUAGAAAUAUGAUUGUAUGUUAGUCCAGAUCUGCGAUAUUGCCACAUUGCCGUCACGAAUCUAUCCUCGACGAAGCAGAGUGCAGAACCAGAUAAGGAUUUCCUCAAGGAACUGCAGGAGCGGAGGUAAUGGUGAAGAUAUGAUCAAGACAGAACUGGAUUUCAUUUCUUAUUUGCUUUGUUAGUCCCCCAAUAGCCCAGAGCUUCCUUGGCCAUUGAAGGAAAGAGAAUCACCAUUUUUGUUUAUCCACGUAACGAGUUUGUGACACCAAAUGUACAGACUGCUUGAAACACAUGGAGAGGAGCCUCGAGAAAGGAGAAUGGCAAGUGUUAAGAUCCCUGAACAGAAAAUAAUACUGUGUGGAGAAUAUGGUGUAGGAAAAAGCUCUCUCUUCCGACGGUAUGCAACGAACACAUUUGUCACAGCAACUGACAGAAAGUCUACUUUAGGUCUAGAUCACUAUGAAAAAGUUUACCGCACUGGAGAUAGGGAAGUUAAGCUCCAACUGUGGGACACAGGUGGCAUGGAGAGAGUAGCAAGUAUAACGUCGUCUUACUACAAGUUUGCAGAGGGAGCUAUUCUUGUCUUUGCCCUGGAUAACCCUGACUCCUUCAACAUCUUGUCUCAGCAUCUCUUAGAUAUUGUAACAUAUGCUGAGAAUGCAAAGAUAUUCCUCUGUGGAAACAAGUAUGAUUUAAAGAGUCAAAUCCAAGUCACAGAUGCAGACAUGGAGAACUUUUG